GUCAUCAGCACCGCGCCAUUUAAUUGCAACCUCCCACCAUCUUUCUAUUGCCGUACUUUACCUUUGCUAUAUCCUUCUCGCUUCCUCACGCUUCGAGACCACAUCUACGUCUCCAAGCUACAACAGAUUGUUCAUCACACCACAUACACCAUCAACCAGGGCAACGAAGAAAACACUCGGUCGCAAUGCUGCGAGGCAGGCAGAAGGACCGCAAGGUCACGCCGCCAGGGCCAGUGUAUAUGACAAAUGAUCAAUUUGCCAACUAUUUAGCAGACUUGCGCAACAAUCGUGUCGCAAGACCCAGCGGCGCCAGACCUCCGCCUCCAAGCAGCAGACGUGAAUCUGAUAGAGGUGCUGCGACACACGCGCCAACAGCUGUGGUCCCAGAGUUACCUUCGAACGAAUCAUCUGCGGCCGACGACUCUCGCCGCUCCACAAGCUUUUCAUCUCAUAGACGCGCUCAGUCAUCGUUUUCCACAUACUCGUCUGUAACCUCGAGGACUGGGCGACAGCUAGUCCAGCCACAAAGAGCACAAUCACCUCCAGUUGCAAUUUUAAAGCCUUCCGAUGUCGUCCCAACCGCUACAUAUAUGGAACGAGGUCAAAGAUGGAUGGAGAAGGAAGAGGCUGUCUCUUUACGAGAAGCUAUGGCAGAUAUGGAUUUGAAAGAUGUGGACGAGGAGGAGCUUCGGAUUCACGCCGCAGCACAAAAUGAAGCGUCGGAACUAGUCUGGCAGCACCAGCAUCCCAAGGCUGCCAUUCAGCCCGAUGCUCCAUACCGAUACAAAGAUCACCUCAGGAAAAAUAGCUAUCAACACGCAAGGACUCAGAGUGUUGGUCGUUAUGGUGGAAUUGGUAUGGUCACAGGACUUGCACGAGACACUGCUCCACGGUCGGUGUCAGGGAGUUCAAGCGGUAGUGGAGGAAUGCAGUCCCAAAGAAGUCGGAUUUCCAGUGGAUCGUCUGGAUAUUCUCGUCUUGCUCGGAACAUCAGUCCGGACGGAGUCGGACGCUCCUCACUGGAUUCUUCGAACGAAGCCGCACCCCCAAGACCGAGCCAGAAGUCUUACGGGAGCAUUUCAAGUGCUGGUAAAUAUGGUCGCGGAACAAGACGGAGGAGCAGUGCGAAGAGGAAUGUCAGUGGGGAGAUCGCAGAAUCGUUCACAGGCGAUCAAAUCUGGGAAGAGCCACAACAAGACAACGUCGACCGUGGACAUUCCGAAGUUGCUCCAGAUAUGCCAGCACCUCUACGCCUCAAGCCACGCAAUCCUCUGAACAGGGUCCAGUUUGCUCAAGAUAUGGCACCACGCUCGAGUAGCACUCCUCCAGAACCCAUCAAAAGGCUUUCAAGAUUCGAAAUCCACCGAAACCCCCCCUCUCAGUCCAGAGAUCCUAGUUACACGGCCAACCCCCUUCCUGUGCCCCAAACUUCAGAAGCCGGUCCAAGUACAGCGCAAGCCUCAUCGAUAGUUCCAACGAAAGACGGGCUUGAGAUCAGAAGUGAAGAGAUCCGGCAGGCAACGAGCAUGCGCUUGAAGGAUCGUAGCCCCAAACUCCCGACGCCUACUGUUGUCAGUGACAAACCAGGUCGUCCGAUCGUAAGCUUUGAUGCAAAUUGGAAGCCGAAGGAGGCUGAUGUAAAGCCAGAAAUGCGAAGAAGAUCACCCUUCGACAGGGUCUCAGCCAGCAACCAGAGGCAAAGCUUACCUGCUGGACCAGCUUCGAAGGAUGUCACAACCCCUAUCCCGACCAUUCAGCUUCCUGACAUACCCUCAAUCCAAGUAAACAGUGCACCAGUUUCUGUCCCGGUCAUCAAUUACCCCGAUCCUACUCCCUCUAUCCCUACAAUAAAUCUUCUCGAUUCGCCCUCGAUUCCUACAAUAAAUUCAUCGGGCGCCCCAAUAAUAUCUGUUUCGACACCUAACAUUCCUUCAAUCAGCAUCCAGUCCGAUUCAACUGCAUCCCCAAGAAAGAGACCUCUCCCAGAUCCAAAAACCGCGGCAGGUCGGCCAUCGACUCGUCAUCAUGGAACAGCACCCAUCUCUGGAGGCCACUGGUCGCCAGCCGGCAAAAGGGCAACUGCUACCUGCCAUCAAUGCCAAUUACCAAUCGAAGGGCGUGUGGUGAAGCUCAGUGGUGCUCCUGAGCAUUUCCACCCCCAAUGUUUUAUCUGCUUCUCUUGCGGAACUGGGCUCGAAUCUCUAGAGAUUCGCCCGGAGCCACCCCAGGAGCGCGCCGAGCGCAUCAACCGAAUCAGAUGCCGUGCGCAAGGCGAGCAGCUUCCGGAGAUCGAAGGCCAGACCAUGGCAGAAGAUGGUGACGAGAGAUUGCGGUUUUACUGUCAUCUUGACUGGCAUGAGAACUUUGCCCCGAGAUGCAAACACUGCAGGACUCCCAUCAUCGGUGAGCAUAUGGUUGCUUUGGGUGAAAAUUGGCACUAUGGCCAUUUCUUCUGUGCUGAGUGCGGCGAUCCUUUCGAGAAGGGCAUGACCCAUAUCGAGAAAGAUGGUUAUGCUUGGUGUCUGAAUUGCCAGACGAAGCGUACAGAACGACAAGCUCCGAAGUGCAAGAAGUGCCGGAGCGCAGUCAUCGGCCAGUACGUUCAAGCAUUGGGUGGCGAAUGGCAUGAAAGUUGCUUUCGAUGUGCCACCUGCAAGAACGGAUUCGAGGAUGGCGCGUUCUAUCCCAAGGAGGUUCGAAAUGAAACGAUUGUCUUGUGCAUACAGUGCAUUGAACGGGAGUUGAAGGCUUGA